AUGAGCAUGUCUUCGAGCGCGCCUUCCAAACCUGUGUGGGCGAAACCCAGCAAGCGUGCUCGCUCUGGCGAGCCCAGACUCUUUGCCGAACUUGAGAGCAUGGUUCUGGAUACUUUUCAAGACCUUCACGACCCCGAAGAUCUCACGUGGCUUUGGGUAGGAGGACGACACGUUUCGAAGCACUUCAGGUGCGAGGUUGAGAGGAUGUUCAGGACGGUUUUCUUACCAGAGACAAUUCUGCGUUGUGACUUGGGCCUCCAUCUCCUGUGUUGGGACGUCUUCACGCCUGAUCGCUCCGUGGGAUACGCUGGAUGUUAUGGUGAUAUGUCGAGUGUGCGCGAAUAUACGACAAAAACGCCGUCUUUCACUCUCGAUCGCUUCUCCGACGAUCAGGCUAGAGCCUUCUUCAAGUGUGGAAAGGCUCGAAAAGAAAUGGUGUUCAGGCGUCUCCACGAAAAGCAGCUCGUCGGAUCUCCUGUGUUCUCGAUCCAGGUUCGCGAAGUAGUAAACGACACUGGGCUUCCCAACCUUUACAUAGAUGACGAGAAGGAAGAGAUCUCGGUGGACUGGAAAGGCAUGCUCGACCAACUCUUGGGGGAAGAGCACGUCUUCAACACCAUUCUAUCUCAACGUCUGGGCUGGCACCUGGACCCCGGAGAGGACACCCCCAAUCUCCUAGAGACGCAUCGGAAACUCGCACGACGAAGCCGUUUCCAGCGCGAAUGUCGCGCCAAGUACCGCAGCAAUAUCCUGGAACACUAUACGCAUGACGAGAAGCCCGCUUUGCGAAACCUCCAGAAGCUCCGCCUCGCCGCAUCAGGCUCUGGGAUUGCCCAUGGCGACAACGAGAACGACAACACCCUCGUCGAGUAUACCCAACGAGAGAUCCUCGACGAGCUCCCCAACGGCGCCAUCAUCUACAGCGGCAACAGUAAUCCAGGGCCAAAGCCAGGAUCAAUCCCGCGGGGAAUCUCCACCGAUGAAGACUACUGCUCGCUCAUGAACCAGUGGCGGGGUCUGCCACCGCCGUCAGCGGCGGAUCUUUUCUCUCCGCGUCCCCUACCGGAUCUUUCACAGGGGAGACGGCCCAUGGAUCCACCGCAAAGGUCGAAGCGACAACAUCAUCCAAGUCACGAAAAGCGUGCGAGGGAAGAAACCGCAGAGAUGUUACCGAGAAAGCGCGGCAGAUCCGCCGCCGAUUGA